CAUUUCAGCAAAGGAGCGCCUCGUGUCAAAUUACAGGAAACAAAACAUUCGACUCACCCAGGCAGGCACGUUUGUGAAACAUGCGACUUUCUGCAGAAGAGGAAAUCUAAAUGCAGACUUAUAAAAGGUGAACAGAUGGGAAAAACAAAGAACACUUCUAAGGGAUUCGAUGAUUCUUUCCUGGAGAUGAGUCCCACCCGUACACAUGAAAGUCCCCUCAAAGAUGCAUGGCCGACAGUCACUGAUACUCGCAACUUACCAAAUUCAGCAAGACUUAUGACACUGACUGGCAGUUCAAAAAAGGCUAAAAAGAUGCAAAAGAAAGGUGAGAAUGAAUGUUCUCAAUUGCAGGCCAAGGGACACCAGGAAAAUGGAAAUCUGAAAAAGAGGAAACAGUUAAAAGAUGAGAAGGACUUGAAGGGUGCAGAUGGCUCAUUAGGUGAAACAUCACCUCAUGAAGCGUCUCCAAGAAAGAAAAAAAAACAGCAGCUAGAACAGACAGAAGUGAAUAUUACAUGUGAAGUAUCCACAAAAGAUGCCUCAGAGACUUCAAGGAAAAAGAAGAAAAAGUCUUCAAGGAGGAGUAGUUCCGUAGACCCACAUGACACACAAGAAGUGAGCGUAACGAUGGAGUGGGAGGAAAGUGAGACAAAAAACAAUGGGAAACGUGAAGAACAUGUUAAGAAAAAGAAAAAUAAAGUGAAACGCAAGGACUCCAGUAUUUUGGCAGAACAGCUCAAGGAUGUGGAGUCAAUACACACACACACAGCUCCGAUUGAGACUGAUGAAGUUUACAAAGAGCCAGCAAGUCCGAUGAGACAAACUGGCACCGCAUUUACAAAGAAGAAAUAUAGUAAAGGAGAUGAAAAAAUGAUUGAUCGACAUCUUUUGGAGGAACUCAAAGAAUUUGUUCCAAAUGUAGAGUCACGAAGUUUGAAUGAUAUAAAUAAAAUGAUUAAUUAUGACCUGCCGAGAUAUAAGGAAUUCAAGAAAGAGGGUUUCCCCCUGAAUCGUGGAAGGUUCACAGUGGAAGAAAAUGAGACGUUACGGAAGAACGUUGAAAACUUCAUGGCCCUCACUGGAAUAGAUAGUGCCACCAAGCUCUUUUUUACUCAUUACUUCAAAGAAGAGCAGGAGAACAUAAAGAAGCUUAAAAGGGUGCAUAAAUUCUUUGAAAGGAUUGCAGAGGGAAUUCCCAGGUCCUGUCAUGAUGUUUAUGCUCGUGGGCGAAGAGUCUUUGAUAGCAGCAAUCACAAGGGAAAAUUUUCAGAGGAAGAAAUUCACACGUUGUGCAAAUUGCACACAAUGUAUGGUAAUAAUUGGAAGAGGAUUUCAGAGUUGACUGGUCGAAGUGCCAUCUCACUUGAGAAACGAUACUCCCAGAUUGCUGUUAAGGAAGGCAGAUGGUCCCCCAAGGAAAUACGAAGGCUUUUGCGAGCUGUGCGAGAUCAUAUAGUCAACCAACUCCAGCUUGGAGCUACAAAUGAAGACUCAUUCAUAGUCAGCAGGGAGAUGUUGUACAAGAGACUUCCCUGGCAGAAAAUUGCUGCAAAGGUGGAAACCCGCUCUUGGACCAAGUGCAGAGAGAAGUGGAUGUCAGUUUUGGCUGUGAAAAUGUCGUCUGGAGCAGUGAACGCAGGGGAGAACUCUGACGAAGUCAAAGUAAAGCUUAUAAAAGCGAUGUAUGAAAUGCAAGUAGAUGAUGUUGCCUAUGUCAACUGGGAUGACCUGACAACAGUGAUUGGGGAUGUUCCUCCAUCGUAUGUGCAAAGAAAAUGGCACAAACUGAAAGUCUGUCAUGUGCCAAACUGGCAAAACAAGUCUUUUGGAGAUACAAUCGAUUUUCUGUAUGAGAAUGUCCUGCCACACCUUGAAAAGGAACUGGAGCACCAUGGUGGUGAGACGCGGCUCAAUGAAAACCAAAAAGAGACCUUCCUUCUCUCUGAAAUCUUCCCGGACAUUAAUGAGGAUGAUGAUGAUGAUGACGAUGAGGACAUCAUCCAGUACAUAGUUGAUAUCAAUACAGAGGGAUAAAAGGAGCAUUGACAGAACAGCAAGUGUACUGACAUGAAUAGAAACGACUGUCACCUUUCAAAAAAAAAGAGAACACACAAAGGAUAAAGGAUUUGACGGAUUUUUUUUUUUUUUAAAAAAGAGCCUUUUUCAGGAGUCGCCUCAGGAUUAUUUGCACUAUGAAACAGGGUUGUUAUGACCAAAUGGUCACUUUUGUUUACAUUCUAAUUGAAAGAGACACAGUCAUUUUUUUACUGUACUAUUUUUGUAAACAUCUCUUGUGUAACCAUCUGCCCUACAUAUACUUUUAUGUGAAACAUCAA